AGCAGUAAUUGAGUGCUUUAUUGAAGUGAUAAUGGCGAGUGUUGAUAGACAGAUUUUGUUUUUGCAACUGGUAAUGACGGUAGUCGUCACCAAUGUAGUCUUCUCUCAGGAAGCCUGUCGAACGCCGAACGCCCGCUCCGGUCACUGCGUCCCGCGCGUCCAAUGUCCCAGCUUUGAAGCGUUCUUCAACCCGGACCGCAUUCUGGACCGCGAGGAACUCCGCUCCAUCCAACUGUCCCAGUGUGGUGCAGACCCACCGAAAAUCUGCUGCCCGGACCGAAUUUCAAGCUCAACCGUUGCUUUUCCGAUCGAACGAGUUGUGCCCACUUCAACCCCGAAACCAAUAAAGUUGGUUCAGCAGCCAACGUUGCCGAAUCCGACCAACUACGAGUGCGGCGUGGACAUUCUGGCCGACCGGAUCUACGGCGGCGUAGACACCGAGCUGGACGAGUUCCCGUGGUACGCGCUGCUGCAGUACGAGUCCCGCCGGGGAGUGGCCGAGUUCCACUGCGGAGGUUCGUUGAUCAGCUUGCAGUACGUCCUAACGGCGGCACACUGUCUGGACAAUGACAAACUGGAUGGCGGGAUGCGAUUCGUUAGCGUCCGCCUUGGCGAACACAACACUGCGACUGACCUCGACUGCACCGACGAAGAGGAUACCAAGAAUCGGUGGUGCGCCGAUCCGCCGCAGAACAUUGCGGCCGAAGAGAUUAUCCUGCAUCCGGAGUACCGGCGGGACGAUCGCUCUCAACACAACGACAUCGCACUCAUCAGGUUGGAAAAACCUGCUCGGGAGACCAACUUCGUGACACCGGUUUGCCUUCCGGGGACCGGAUUUUCCCCCUCGGAACCCGGUCGAAACAUGACCAUUGUUGGAUUUGGUCACACCGGUCGCCGGUCGCACAGUGGAGUCAAACAGAAGGCCCGCGUUCCCGUGUGGGACGGCCGCCGGUGCCAGGAUAAGUGGACUUCGAUCACGUUGCACGAAGGACAGCUGUGUGCCGGAGGGGACUACAACAUCGAUUCCUGUACCGGCGAUUCCGGUGGCCCUAUGAUGGUGCAGCGUCUCUACUGGACGCUCGAAGGGGUCGUUUCGUUCGGCAAUCGCUGCGGACUGGAGGACUGGCCAGGGGUUUACACGAGGGUCAGCAGCUACAUGGACUGGAUCAGGGCGACGAUCAGGAGUUGAGCAAUUCCGGUGGGAAAAUCCCGUGGGGAAGACACGAUCUGUAAACAACUAAUAACCAGAUCGCACACAUUGAAUUUUAAUAAAGAGAUGCUUGGGGAAGAUA